CUCACCGGGAAGAGUUCUUAAAAGCCGCAGAAUUGCGGAAGGGGACGGAAAUAUUUUAGAUUCUUUAUGGCGUGUACUCGGUAUCAGUUGGGCCUGGCGGCAAUGAUGCUUAUUACAGGAUCCAUUAACACACUGUCAGCCAAGUGGGCUGAUGACUUCAGUGCUGAGGGUUGUCAUGGAUCAGCAAAACACAAGUUCAACCAUCCUUUCCUUCAGGCUGUGGGAAUGUUCCUUGGGGAAGCCUCCUGUUUCGCCGUUUUCUACAUAAUUUCAUGCUAUGAUCGGCAAAGGGCAGAACCACAAAUGGCUCCUGCAAAGAAGUUCAAUUCUUUCAUUUUCCUGCCGCCUGCCCUGUGUGACAUGCUGGCCACUAGCAUUAUGUACAUUGCUUUAAACUUGACCAGCGCGUCCAGUUUCCAGAUGCUUCGAGGAGCUGUGAUCAUCUUUACUGGGCUGCUGUCUGUUGCCUUCUUGGGCCGCAAGUUAAAGCCCAGCCAGUGGGUAGGAAUUCUAUUGACCAUUUGUGGACUUGUUGUCGUGGGUUUGGCAGACAUUCUCAGUAGAGAGGGUGGCCAGGAGCACCGUUUAUCUCAGGUCAUAACAGGUGACCUCCUCAUUAUCAUGGCCCAAAUAGUUGUUGCUAUUCAGAUGGUUCUGGAGGAGAAAUUUGUUUAUAAGCACGACGUACACCCACUUCGGGCUGUGGGCACAGAGGGUAUUUUUGGAUUCACCAUCCUCACUCUGCUUUUGAUUCCAAUGUACUACAUCCCGGUGGGGGAAUUUGGUGGCAACCCCAGAGGUGUUCUUGAAGACGCACUUGAUGCUUUCUGUCAAAUUGGGGUGAAGCCGUUAAUCUUCGUGGCCCUCUUGGGAAAUAUCUUGAGCAUUGCCUUCUUCAACUUUGCUGGCAUUAGUGUGACCAAGGAGAUCAGUGCAACCACUCGAAUGGUUCUAGACAGUCUACGGACCGUAAUAAUCUGGAUAGUGAGCCUCGCAGUGGGUUGGGAACAAUUUCAUGGUCUCCAAAUCUUGGGCUUCUCAAUCUUACUGGUGGGUACAUGUCUCUACAAUGGGCUGCAUACGCCAUUACUAGCAAAGCUUCCAUGGUGUCGGAAGCCUGCAGUGGAGAAUCAGGAGAGGGAAGAAUUGUUAACUGAAAACAAUGAUUCCAUUAACUCCGGUCCCUGAAAAUGGAUUGCAGUUUUGGACCAUAAAUGUGUUGCUUUCAAACAAUGACCAAAGAGCGUUGUCUUUUAUAUAAAUUAUAAACCCACUUGUGUUCUGAGGGGAGGAAUAAAGGAGAUAGUUGAGUGGCGGGUUGUGGAGUGGAAUUCUGUGCCACUUUGUGGGUCACAAUAAUGGAUCGUCUGGUGGGAAUGAUGCAUUAAAUGAUCUUUUAUUUUCAGAACUGCAGGCAAGGCAGUUGCAGUUAUCACCUUGCAAGAGGUCUGAUACAUCUAGCUUGGUUGUAUGAUGGUGUGCUGCCAUAAUGACCAGUAAGCUCAAGCUAGGAAAGUGAGUGGACCAUGUGCUUCUCUUUAUGAUGAAACACUAGAUUCUGUUGAUUUCAAGCUCUUUGUGAUUGUUGCCAUAGUCUUUAAUUUGCAAUUCUAUCAAGAGAAAAUUAAGAGGGAAGGCUGACCCUAUUCUUUUGCUGUUCCCAAAUCUACUGUUGGUGCUGCUCGGUGUGAGUAUCUAGAUGGGGGAGCUCUCUAGAAGUUCAAGCACAAUUCAAUACCUCUUCCUCACUUUCCUGUUUGUCACCUCUGAACUCCUUCCCAGAAGAAUGAGCACUUGAACUAUCUUAAAGAUGUGAUGCGCCUUGAGUCAUUCAAAUUACUGUUACUGAUUUUAAAAUAUUAAUCAAUGCUGUUUGUAAAUUGACUUUUGGUUAUGUUGGAUUAUUUCUCUACUGAUCAACGGGAGGAAAUUUAUAAAGGUUACCCUAUGAUUGUAAAUUUUGCUGCUUUUCUGUACAAUAAUUUGUGUAAAGAAUAAAACUAACUGUAGAAGGUUGACAUUGAUACAA